AUCUGCACGCCACCAAUCAAUGAAUCACGUACUCACAAGUCACAACACAACCCUAAAUUUCAACAUCGUCAAACUUUACCGCCCAACAUUUCCAAUCAUCCUUUCUUUUCCUAGCCUUCUUCGGUUACUUAUUCUGGUUUUUAGGACGUAGGAGAGAGAUCGAGAAUCAAGCAAUUGCAAAUUUGCAAGCUUCAGAGCUAAACCUAACGGUGGACGUACUAGGGACGACGACGAUGAUGGAGAGUUCGUCGUCCAUAACUCCUUUGCUUUUCCGCAACCUUGUAACCUCCCUCCUCCUUCUGGCAGAGAAUUCCAUUUGCAGCUUGGCCCAAAAACACAAAGCCCUAGAACUCAUACGCUGCGUUUUCGUCUCUUCCUUCCUCUUUUUCCUGCGUUUGCUUCUUUCUUUAAACCCUAGGUCGACCAACAAUAAUGAAUCCCCCUAUUCCAUCUUGUACGACUAUAAAGACAAGCCUCCCAAGAAGGGUAUUGGAGGAAGAAAUCACAAGUAUAUGCCCGCAGCUAUCAGCGGAGACGACGACGGCAGCGGCAGCGACACGGCUAUAGCUCGAGCACUUUCGCAGCUACUGUCGAUCGUCAAUAAUAUCCCGGUAAGUUCCCGCAAGUACCAAGGUGUUCGAUCUUUAGCGGAGAACGUCAUCUAUGACAACCAGAGAGAGGGCGUGGAGGCUUUGCGUCAAGUGAAUCGCACGGUUCUGUCGGCAGCGUUUUCGAGGACUCUCAGCCAGCUUGAAGCCGCCGCAACUCUCGAACAGCAGCAGGGCGGCGAGGGCGGCGGCGAUGGUGAUAUUGAUGGUUUGGAUUCUGGUCAUCAUCAUUGGAUAGUACGGGCCGUUCGGUCCGUUGCGGGCGUGGUGUGGACGAAGGGGGUUAGCAGCGGCGGGUCGAGGAGCUCGGCGGAGAAGCUAGCGGCGGAGCUGCUCUGGUUGGCUGAGACGAUGGCGGCUUGUGGCUUUGCUAAAGAGUCUGUGAGGAGAUGGGCGUCAGCCUCUAGUAUGGCUCGCCUCUCUCUUUCAGCCGAGCCGCGCCUGCAGGCCUCCUUAGUCAAGAUUACAGCAUUGUUGUUGAAGUAUGCUAAAGAUAUGGGAGUGGAUGAAGAUGAUGAUAAUGAGAGCACGAAAGAUCAGCAAGAAAGAAAACAAGCAAAGAUGCAGAUGCAGAUGCAGAUGUUGGUGUUGUGGAUUCCGUUGCUGUGCACAGCCAGCAAUGGCACUGAUGUGCCUGUUUUGAGCAUCAGCGAAAGGGCUGAGCUGGAGAGAGUACUGGAAGAGACCAUAGAGAAGCUGGCAGAAGAAGAUCAAGAGCGAGUUCUAUCCUUGUGGCUCCACCAAUUCACAUAUUGCUCCUCUUCUGAUUGGCCUAAUUUACAUGCCUCGUAUGCUCGCUGGUGUAAUGCUUCGCGCAAGCACUUGCUAAUUCACAAUUCAUAAUUUCUUUAUUGUUGCAUACUGUAGUUAUCUACACUUCUCGCAAGUCGGUUGUAUAAACGAGCUUUGAAAUAGUAUCUCCUAUAUUUGGUCUUUACA